AUGCGUCAUUUCAACGCUGACACCGGCCCUAGUGUUUUCCUCGUCCCCAGCAAAAUCGUAAAAUCGCAUCAAUUUCUCAAACCGGAGGAGAAGCAAAGCAAAAAGAAGGCAUCCGGUUCUACAAGCGGCCGAAAGAAGAGACAAGCUAGAAAGAAAACAGCUCCGGUCAAAGAAAAAUCCGGAAGCAAGGCAGAUAAGCAACCGACCGGAUCGGCUAAUCCGCUGUCCGACACUCUUAACACAGAAAAUUCGGCAUCUAGCUCUAGCCGAACCGCCUCACACCACACCGGGGAGGAUCGGACUGGCAAAGGGAAAGAGCCGGUGGUCGAGGAACAAUCGGCAAGAACUGAUAAUGUCGAAACCGGUCUGACUGAGCAAACGGAAACCGGGGAUGAACACAUCCGGCAAACGGGCGAGGACCUCGUCAACCAAAUCAUGAAAGAAAUUCACAAGCAGGCUCCCGCGACAAGCGACGUCUACUUUCAAUGGGCCCUGAACCGGCAGGAAAUUUUCUACACUAACAUGCUACCGGAACAUCCUGCUGACCGGAAAUUUGAAAAGCUGGUUGAGAUGGAAGCGGAAGUCAUCAACCUCACAAAGGCCCAGAGCGAACUGACCGAGGAGUUGGGACGGUUGGAAGCGGAACCCGAGCACCAAGAGGCGUCACACUUCUCCAGAUCGCCACCUGAGGAUGAUGGCGGUCCGAAUCCAGGUGAAACCGAGCAUGUCUUCCCUGAACAAGAACACACAAUCAACAACACCGAUCUCAGGACGGGUACACCGCCCACCGAUCAGCGUGUCUCUCUUCAAACCGAGGAUUCAGUACAAGUGGUAACAGAAGAUAGAGUAAAGGAUCUCAUCGAGGAAUUUGUCAAUGCCGCCAUUCGCCCGUGGCAAAAGAAGAUCAAAGAAACCGCGACUAAAUCCAUCGAGAUGAUCGAGUCUACAAAUAAAGAGCUACAAACCGCGGUCGAACGGAUCACGUCCGUUGAGGACAAAUACGGCAUGACCGACCUUCUGUACAGUGACAAUACUAACAGAACUAAGGCAUUGGAGGCAGUAACUAAGAAGUUGGAAGCCAACCUCGCUCUUACCAGCCAAAAGGUCGGUAUGAUAGAACUUAACCAAUUAACAACCGAUCAAAGGCUGAAAAAGAUUGAUGGGGAUCUGGCUCAAUCCGGUGUCCAGGCCGGUUCUACACUUGAGAGAGUGGCAAUGCUUGAGGAAAAGCAUGCCAAGACCGAGGCCGAUCUAAAAGCUGUCACCGAACAGCUAGCGGAGAUGAUAGCGGUAAAGCUGGAAGCCGAUAAGGCACUUGAGGAAGCAAAUGAGCUCGCGGCUCAACAGAUUCAGGAUGACCUAGAAGAGCAGGUCCGGCUUCAAAAGGAAACGGCACUGGCAAAUGCGAACCUGGCCGGACACUUUCAAACAUUAGAAAACAUCGCACCGACCGUGGAGAUCCAACAAAAUGAAGAUGCGGCUCGACUAAUCGGCCAACAGUCAGCAUACAAUGAGUUCGCCGAGGCUCAUAAGAGGUCCAAAGCGGUUGCUUCCCCAUCCGGUCCGGUUACAAGAAAAAAAAGAAUUCUUCCAAGAGGGCGGCAAUCUCAACGUUAUUAG